CUCGACCAGAUCCAUCUACGGAUACGUACCACUGGUUCUUGCACCAGACUCCCCGAAAACAUAUUAUAACGUCUCCUUGUAUCGUCUGUGAUGGACCCUGGGUUUUCGGUGGACGACAUUGCACCGAUCGCUAUCCUUAUGGAUGAGCUGCGGUCGGAGGACGUGCAACUUCGCCUAAACGCCAUCCAUCGCAUCUCGACCAUCGCGCUUGCUCUGGGACCCGAACGUGCGCGUGAUGAGCUUAUACCCUUCUUGCAAGAGUCCGUGGACGACGAGGAUGAAGUUCUCCUUGCCCUGGCCGAGGAGCUUGGCAUGAACUUUGAGGAGUACAUCGGCGGGGGCGAGAACGCGCAUGUGUUGUUGGGGCCAUUGGAGAACCUGUGUGCUGUGGAGGAGGCUCUUGUGCGGGACAAGGCCGCCGAGUCCAUAACUAAAGUGUCCGCCGUCCUGAGUCAGGCUCAGAUCGAGCAAUACUACAUUCCUCUCCUGCAACGGCUAUCCCAUGGAGAAUGGUUCACAUUGCGUGUCUCAUCCUGCGCGUUAUAUGCACCCGUAUACGACCGAGUCGCCCCCCCUAUGCAGGACGAGUUGCGAAGAGGCUUCGCUGGUCUUGGGACUGAUGAUACCCCGAUGGUGCGGCGUGCAGCAUCAAAAUGGCUCGCGCCCCUUGUGAAGAAAUUCGCGAAGCAGCACGUUCUCACCGACGGACUCGCCAUAUACCGUAGACUGCAAGCCGAUGAUCAGGACUCUGUGCGUCUUCUGACUGUAGAUGACCUCAUCGCGAUCGCGCAGGCACUCUCCCCUGCGGAGGUGAAGGAACAGCUACUCAAGCAAAUCAGGCAAACAGUCUCGGACAAGAGCUGGAGGGUGCGAUAUAUGGCUGCGAGUAAUUUCAACCAACUCGCAGAAACCAUAGGGCAGGACUUGGUUAGAGAGGAGCUCAUCGGGCAUUACGUACAGCUUCUGAAAGACAACGAAGCUGAGGCCCGUACUGCGGCGGCAGGACAGAUCCCGGCAGGUUUCGCCAAGUUGCUCGAGAAGGAAGUCAUUUUGGCCCGCAUUGUCCCUUGUGUGCGGGACCUUUGCCAGGACAGCUCUCAGCACGUUCGUGCGGCAUUGGCAAACCAGAUUAGCGGUCUUGCUCCGUUGCUCGGCAAGGAUUCCACAAUCGAACACCUACUUCCCCUGUUCCUGCACCUUCUCAAGGAUGAAUUCCCGGAGGUGCGACUGAACAUAAUCAGCAAGCUUGAACAAGUCAACGAUGUGAUUGGCAUCGACUUGCUGUCGGAAAGCUUGCUCCCCGCUAUUGUGGAGCUGGCGGAGGACAAGUCGUGGCGCGUGCGACAAGCCAUCAUAGAGUACAUCCCUCUGCUCGCAAACCAGCUGGGCAAGGCCUUCUUUGAUGAGCAACUGGGCAACCUUUGCAUGUCCUGGCUCGGGGAUAAUGUCUACAGUAUUCGAGAAGCAGCGACGGUCAAUUUAAAGAAGCUGACCGAAGUCUUCGGUGUCGAAUGGGCAAAAAUUCAGAUCGUCCCCAAAGUGGUUGGCAUGGGUCAGCAUCCCAACUACCUUUACAGGAUGACUACUGUCCAAGCUGUUUCGGUCAUCUCACCAUCCCUGACGCUCGACAUCGUCCGAGGCGACAUCAUUGACACGCUGCUUCACUUGUCGAAUGACCCCAUUCCCAAUAUCCGUUUUAACGUUGCGAAAGCCUUGGAGGUCCUGGCGACCACGUUUGGCAACACUCCUGAGGGCCGACAGCUGGUCCAGCAGAAGAUUAUCCCAGCCCUCGAGAUACUGAAGAAUGACACAGACGCCGAUGUGCGAUUCUUUGCCACGCGUGCGCUGCAAAGCGCACAUGGAGUUGGAGCGUGACAGAGCAGUUUGCAAUUCGCCUCUGGGCCACCAUAAUUUGGUCACCACGCCCACAUCUCGAAUCUCGCAGUUUGUUAGGGCUGAAGAACGAUCAGUGUAAUGUAACAGGCUUGUUGUAAAUAUGACCAUUCGUACGAGAAGACACAGUAUUGGACGGUCACACCGACAGCCCGGUUUCGGCGGCAGGCGGCGUGGGCCCAACGCG